CAGUUUUAGAGUGAUGUACUGGAGAGGACCCCCACGCUGACCUGGUUAACGAAGAUGUACGCACUUUCUGAGCAGGGAAAGGAUGUUCUGCUUAGUGUCAGACCCAGAGCGUUCUCCUUAGCAUUAGCUGGUUUUGUGAAAGCACGCUCUGUGCAACUCGGGAUAUCAGGGCUGUAAGGAAGAAGGAAACACCUGCACGAGUCUGUCACUGCCCUGACCUUGGCUGCUAGGAAGGUCGGUGGCUCAGGAGGCUGGCACCAGCCCACGGGUCGCAGCAUGUCUAAGGAGCUGCAGGAGCUGCAGAAGCAAUGGCACUUCAUCAUGCAGUCCAUCCACAGCAACUCAAACGUCGUUGCAUUUAUGAACUCCCGCGUUGGCCUGUAUUUAGAUGACCAUCCUUUUGUUGCCUUAUCGCUCCUGAUGUUUGUGGCAGUGUCUACUAUUCCUGUGGCGUUUUUCCUGAUUUUUGUUGUUACAACAGUCAUAAUGGCGUGCGUUGGCGUGAUAGUUAUGGAAGGUGUUGUGAUAUCCAUCGGGGGCAUAGCCCUCCUUUGUGUGCUUUGUGGCCUGGGUGCGCUUUCACUCGGAGUUUCUGGAGUGCUGAGUGUUUGUUACAUCGUUCUUUCAGCUUUGGUCAACUACUGGUGUGCCUCAAGGAGCCAGGUGAGGAAGCAAGAAGUUAACGGAAGUUCGCCACAGAAGAGUCUGUCUGUCAUGGACUUUUCUGACAACAAACAAAAGAACAAGUGAGUGGGCUUCUGUCCAUCCCCAUCGUACUCACUUCAGCGUGGAGGUCUGUCCUUUGCAAUGUAAUCAUUUACUCAUUGAGCAUUCAGCCUCAGUGCACUCCAUGCGGGAACUGAAAGCAUCGACGUGCAUCUUGCGUUGUCACUGUACGACAAAUGGUAGCAGGACCUGCUGAGCAGCGCACUGCCGUGCUGCAGCACGGUGACAUGUUCUGCAGAAUUUGGUAAAGGGAUGCAGUAAUAACAGCGGAGUUGGUGGCAGUUGGGUGAAAGAAAGGGGUAGGGUGCUGUGCGACUUUGCCUUUGUUACUGGAGUUCUGGAUGUACUAUUUUCUGCAGUUUGUAUGAAGCAGAUGGCCAUUGUAUAUGUAAGCGUUAAAGCCCAGAACAUCAGAAAUGCUUUUGAAAGGUGAAAAAGUAACUUCUAAGUGCUAAAAACCCUUGUUAAAAUACUGCGAGUAUACCACAGUAAUGCUUUCCAUUGUAGGAGGAAAAUGGUUUCAUCACACCUCAAUUUGCGGUGUAAGCUUUUACACACCUUUAAAUCUGAAGGGAUGUUUUCCUUGUACUCAUUGCCUCAUCACAGCAGUGCUAUGCAGCCUGGUCUUGCAUUCUGUCAUCUCCUUCUGGGUGCUUGGAUGGCUUGUUUUACUUCUUGGUU